UCGUGCUGUUUCAAAGUCCAGCAGAAAACAUCAUCAUGAGCGACUGGAGAAAAAUGAACAAAGAUGAGCUGGAGCAUCAGUUCUCUCCCAGCCGCUGGUCACACAGGAUGUCCGCCGAUGACGUGAUCAGAGCCCAUGUGGCCACUCUCAAAGCAGGCACAGAGAAAGCUCGGUCCAUCACUCAGAUUUUGCUGGACGUCCCGUACGGUGAUGGAGACGGAGAGAAGCUGGACGUUUAUGUUCCCAGCAGCUCUAGUCCAGACGUGCCGCUGCUCAUCUACUUUCAUGGAGGAUACUGGCAGUUCCUCAGUAAGGAUGAGUCGGGGUUUCUAGCCGUGCCAUUGGUCCAGAGGGGUGUGGUCGUUGUCGCCGUGGGUUACAGCAUCGCUCCUGAAGGGGACAUGGAUCUGAUGGUGUCACAGGUGCGCAGGAGCCUGGUGUCCGUCAUCCAGCAGUAUUCACACAUCAGUGGUCUUUAUCUGUGUGGACAUUCGGCUGGAGCUCAUCUGGCCGCGAUGGUUCUGUCCACUGACUGGACACAGUACAACAUAUCACCUCAAAUCAAAGGUGCGUUUCUCGUCAGCGGCGUUUACGACCUGCAGCCCAUUCUGUCCACCUACGUGAACGAGCCGCUGAAGAUGACCGAGGAAGUGGCGUUGAGGAACAGCCCUAGUCACUUCCUGCCACAGCUCAAGCGCUCGUCUGCUUCCUGUGACAUCAUCGUCGCUGUCGCGCAGAAUGACUCGCCCGAGUUUCGCAAGCAGUCGGAGGAAUAUUUUAAAGCUUUGGAAUCUGCUGGUCUUAAAGUCUCUUUUGAAGACGUUCCCAACACGGAUCACUUCAACAUUAUAGAGCAACUCGUCGAUGAAGAUUACCAUCUUACAAAGCUCCUACUGAAGAUGAUGGGGAAGAGUUGAUGAUCGUCAGAUUACCCAGAAUGCACUGCGCUCAAUGAGACCUCACUCUUUGUCCAAUCAGAUGCCAGUAUUACAUGUUUUACAUUAUAAUUGAGAGUUUCUGCUGGGAGAAAAUGACUGUAAAUGGGUUUAAAUGGUUAUUUAAAUGUGUUUUAAAUGAAAGUGGCUCACAGAUGUGCCAUGAAUCAGUUGUUGCUCAUAAAUAAAUAUAGCAAAUAUUUAACAUUUAAAUGA